CUCCAGUCAAAAGUAGCUCUUAGCCACCAGAGCAUUUCGGGAGACAACAAGACCAUGCGCAUUCCGGCAAGAGUCCUGCACCGCGUGGCCGCCCUCGCCCCCUCCAGCAUCGGAGGGACGUCGUCCUCCACCCCACUGACCCUAAAAAACCAUGCGUUCGCAGUCCACGCUCAGAACUAAGACCAACACAUCUGCUCCAGUCAAAACUAGCUCUUAACCACCAGAGCAUUCCGGGCGACAACAAGACCAUGCGUGUUCCGGCAGGAGUCCUGCACCGCGCGACCGCCCUCGCCCCCUCCGGCACCGGAGGGACGUCAUCGUCGUCGCCCGCUUGACCACAACAACCGCCGGAGCAGGCAGCGCUGAUGACGGUGGACUCAGACAUGGCGGUCAUCCUGGCGUCAAUGAUGUGCGCGCUCGUUUGCGUCCUCAGACUCGCUCUUGCUUCCCGGUGCGCAUGCCGACGCCGACGCUCCAGCUCCAGUUCGUCCUCCAACCCACCCCCGAAGGGCCUCAAGAAGAAGGCAAUUUAUGCGCUCCCCACCAUCUCCUUCGCCACAACCGCUUCACCGCAACCGGCAGCAACGGAGUGUGCGAUAUGCCUAGCCGAGUUCGCGGAGGGGGAGAGCAUGCACGUUCUCCCACGUUGCGGCCACGCCUUCCAUGUUCUCUGCAUCGACGCUUGGCUCCGGACCUACGCCAGCUUCCCCUCUUGCCGCGCCUCCAUCGUUGCUGGUCCAGCCCCUGCACCUACGCUAGUGGUCGUAGUGGCAGGGAACAAUAGGUGCGGGAGGUGCGGCGAGCUGGCCGCGCCGGCUGGUGGUGGAGAUAGCACGUUCUUGCCUUAAUCUGUUUAUCUUAUUCCUCUUUUGUUCUCUGUAUGAGUGAAAAGAACUUGGAAACUCGCAUAUGCAUGUUCCUCUACAUUAGCUCUUUAUUGCCGUCUAGCGCUGGAAAUAGGGAGCGGAAAAGUUCAAAUGAAAAGCGGCCGGCCAAUCAGGGGUAACUUUACUCACCAAUCCAGGUGGUCAAAUUAUGCAUAUGUGUACCACAAAGGAAUUAUGCAAAUUAGUUAACUUU